AUGGACUUUUCCUACGGCCGAGGACACCAAAAUUCAUUUGCAGAAAUGAAAAGACUAGCAACCAAACACAUAAGAUGCCCUGAAGGACCUCUUGAGUUAUAUCAACGUCCUGUGACAACUUCCCAUAUGUAUGGCUGGCAUCACAAAUCACAAUAUCCAAUCACUCAGAGUGAGCCCUGGACAUAUGUCAAGAGGCAUCCCAUAAAAGAAAAUGAAGUGACUAAGUUUGUGGACUAUAUGAAACACAAAAAGGCAGCCAUGAAGGCAAUUUCUGAGAACAAAAUGGUAAAAGAGCACUUUGGUGCUGGCACCCAUUAUAAAGUGAAACCAUCAGUCAAGAGGAUUUCCACUCCACGGACUCCUAUCAUCCCAGGAUAUGAUGACCUACAAUGGAGAGCAAGGCCUCGAAAGUCAAUUGUGGAAGACAAUUUGUCACAGGAGGAGGUUUCAGGAGAGAUAAAUUUUAGUGAACUGCAGCAAAAAUUUAUUGAUGAUUUGAGCAGCCACCAAACUCCGACUUGUUUUAACAGAAAGAUUAGUCCGACUUUGGCGCAACUUCGCUUAACUCCUGCUCAGCCGCUUGGUGAAAAACGUAAGAUUUUGAUUCAGAAACAUGAAGAUAUUCGCCUAAAUUCCAGCAAAUUAGCCACCGGUGGUGGCUUCUCUCUGUGGCCCGAGAUGGAGAAAAUGAGACUGGAUAGCAAGGGUUCUACUAUCAACAGUUUGGACAGAUUUUCAGCCCGCUUGAAAAACUUUUCCUCUGAGCAUCCUAUUUAUACAAUAUCCACCACUGAGCAUUUCCAUGAUGGCAUCCGGCAUUGGCACAGGGAUUUUCACAAUCUGUUGAAUGAGAUUAUUGAAACUUUUGACACGUCCCAACCUUCUUGGAAUUACCAAAUUUAUAUCUUCUCUUACAUUGGUGGAAUUAUCCUUCUGGUUUACUAUCUUUUUGAUAAUGUUUAUGCAAAGAACAGAUUGACACCUAAAAGAAUAAGAAGAUGGGUGAUUCUUUUAACUGUGAUAACUUGCUGGUCUGGAAUGAUGUUGUUUCUGUUCAAAAGUGCACAAAACGUUGAAAAUCUAAUUGAAACGAAUGUCUUCAGAUUGAAUGAGAUCAUGGGAAAUGUUCUUAAGACAAAAAUUGAGACUGAUUAUUUCCAGAAAGUUUUGAAAUACUGGCAGAUACGGUGUCUUCCACCCUCUACACAAGGAACCAUUAUCAUCUUUGGCAUUUUCUCCUUACAUGAUAUUAAAAUUUAUCUUCAAUACUACAGUAUCCCCCUCAUGACAAUUAUUCUUUCACCCAUUAUCCAACUCAUCUUAGCAGUAUAUUCUCUUUACAAGCCCCAGUAA